AUGGUACAAUACAUCUUCACUCCCUGGCGCAACCGCCACGAAUUGCUCGCCGUGCGGGCGCAGUUCUACCCGGAACAUCACCACCCGGAACAUGCCCACGGCCUCCAGACACAGCAACCCCCAUCUCAAGCGAAGCUGCAAACCCGCUUCCGUUCUCGACCCUGGUCUCGACCUCAGCCAUCAUCACAGCCACAGUCACAACCUCAAUCCGUAUCCCACCCGUCAGGAACCGCCGCCGCGGCAGCGAAACAGCAGGCUGUUGCCCGCGUGUCCAUGUGGAUGCACCGUGGUGGAUGCCCGCACAUGGUUGAGUCGACGGCGCUGUUGAUGGCGGCUAUGUUGAGUGACGAGGGGAAGGGGAAUGGGGAUGGGGAAAGUGGUGGGAGUGGGAGUGGCGGUGGGAAUGGGUUUGGGUAUGGUGGUGGUAGUGGGGCGGCGGCGGCGUCGAGGGCGUAUGCUGUGCGUGCGGCGUACUCGGCUGCUUUUAGUCGCUUCGUCACAGGCCUCCUCGACUCCCACCAAGACAAGCAGCGCAAGAUGUCCAUGUACGACGUCGCCAAGAGCGUCGGCCUGCCCGCCACGUUCGUUGAGCUUCGCCACCAGGCCACCCACGAGCAGCUGCCCUCGCUACCCCGCCUGCGCGCCGCCGCCGCCAGCGCCCUGCAGUGGAUCUGGGAGUAUUACUGGCGGGGUUUGAAAGAAGAGGACGGGGAAGGGGGGGAAGAGGGGUGGUUUGAGCGGUUGCCUUUGUCUAGGCCGGUGUCUGUGGCUGCGGUUGGGGGUGGACAGCCUACUCGAGUUGGGGCAGGGCGUACUAGACCUGCAGCCGCAGCAGCAGCGCCGUCACUACGGCGGUUAGAAAGAGACCGGGCCGGAGCAAGGGGAGAAGAGGAGGGGGCUGGUAUGGUGGCGGAAGUCGCUGGUGGGGAGGCAGAGCUACAAGUACUGCUGCGGAGGUAUCUCGAGGGCGGGGAAGAUGACCUCAAGGGACAGAUUGGGAGGUUCAGUGAAGGGUUGGUUCUGAGUGUGUUGGACUCCAUAUCGGGGAGCACGAGGGAUAGCACGGUGAUGCGUCGAGCGUUGGCGUUGCAAAGGGAUAUUUUGUUAAACGGAGUGGGUGUGGAUCGGAUGGAGGAGGAUGAAGUGCCUGGAGGGAGGGGGUCGUCAGGUGUUGAGGACGAGGUGGAUGAGGUGGAGGGAAGUGGUGUGGUGGAAAGUGAGGAAGAUAAGGAGGAGGGCGAGGAUGAUGUGGAUGAUGCUACGACGGUUGAGGUACAGCUCGGCUUGGAUGUUGUAUCAGGAGGAGGCCUGGGUGCCGAAGCCUAUUGGGGUAGUGUAGGCGGCAUAGCUUGUGCUGCAACAAUUAUGUACGGCUCAAUAACACAUCCAAAGCAUGUCCACCUUCACUGCUGCAAGACGUCUUUUCCAACACAGAUUCACUUCAUUGACUGCCAGUGGGUGGGGAAGAGCGACAACUACGCUUAUCUUGUUGUCGAUGACAAGUCUAAGGAGGCGGUCGUCAUUGACCCGGCACACCCGGCCGAUCACUGGGACCAUGCUGGCGGAAACGAGGAGCUCCUUUCUGAGCUCGGCCAACCCCUCGAGAUCAUCGGCGGCAAGGACUGCAAGAAGGUAACCAAGACACCUCCGCACGGCGCGACCUUCAACAUCGGCGACAUCGCCGUUAAGGCGCUACACACGCCCUGCCAUACCCAGGACAGCAUCUGCUUUUUUAUGCAGGACGGCAACGACAAGGUUGUGUUUACGGGGGAUACUCUGUUCCACGGAGGCGAGUUUUUAUUCUUCGAAGGUAAUGGCGAAGAGAUGCACAAGGCGCUGAACGUGACGCUGGGGUCGCUCCCUGACGACACCCGGGUCUUUUACACCGGGGCCAAUGCCAAAUUCGGCGUUUCGGUCCUCCCCAGCGGCCCGGUCAAGGCCCUCCAGUCGUUCGCCCAGGAUAAUAAGGAAACGCAGGGCAAGUUUACGAUUGGUGACGAGAAGAAGCACAAUGUGUUUAUGCGGCCUCAGGUAAGGAACCCGGGUGGACAUUGGUGGCUCUGGCGGCUGACCCGAAGACAGGACCCUGAGAUUCAGAAGGCGACGGGUGAGACGGAUCCUAUUGCCAUCAUGACCAAGCUGCGCGAGAUGAAGAACAACUUCAAGUGA